AUCAGAGACACGAGCAUUUUCAGCAGUCUCCUCUGACUUCACCCUGGAGCCGUCCUGCUGUGGGAAAUAAUAAACACCAUUUAAUAGGAUAACUCAUUGACUUCUAUAUUUUAGUAAAGGUUGAGGAUCUGUGGAGUUUCUUUUGGGUUUUUUUGUUGUUGUUUUUUUUUUUUUUUUUUUGCUGUUCUAUUGAAAGGGCAACCAUGAUCAGCCGCAACUUUAAGAAUGUGUUGGUGGUCUCCAUCGGGUUUCUGUCUCUGUUCACAGCAUAUGGAGGCCUGCAGAGUUUACAGAGCAGUCUGAAUGCAGAGCAGGGGAUGGGCGUGGCGUCUCUGAGCGUCAUCUACGCCUCCAUCAUCAUCUCCUCCAUGUUCCUGCCUCCCAUCAUGAUCAAAAAUCUGGGCUGUAAAUGGACCAUUGUUGUUGGCAUGGCCUGCUACGUGUCCUACUCGUUUGGAAACCUCUACCCAGGAUGGUACACCCUCAUUCCCACCUCAGUGAUCCUGGGUUUGGGAGGCUCUCCUCUGUGGUCGGCUAAAUGCACCUACCUGACUAUCUCUGGGAAUGUUCAGGCUGCCAAGGAGGGCAAAAAGGGCGCUGAUGUGAUCAAUCAAUACUUCGGCAUCUUCUUUUUCAUCUUUCAGUCCUCUGCCGUGUGGGGAAACCUCAUGUCGUCGCUCAUCUUUGGACAGGACAACAAAAUAGCGAACAUCCCAGAGGAGCAGCUGCAGUCAUGUGGAGCAGCUGACUGUGGCCUUAACAUCUCUGGCAACAGCACCACCAUCAGGCCUGCACAGGAACUCGUGUGGACGCUUGUCGGAUGCUACAUUGGUGUGGGUGUGCUGGCCAUGAUCAUCAUAGCAGUGUUUCUGGACAACAUUGACCGGGAUCAGGCCAACCAGUUUCGUGAGAACAGAGAGCCGUUCUGUCAGACAUUUCUGGCCACAUUCAGGCUCCUGAAGGACUGGAGGUUGUUGACGCUCAUCCCUCUCACCAUGUACAGCGGCUUUGAGCAGAGCUUCCUUUCUGGGGAGUACACUAAGAACUAUGUGACUUGUGCUUUGGGAAUCCAUUAUGUUGGCUUUGUGAUGAUGUGUUUUGGAGCUUCCAACUCUGUUUGUUCUUUUCUCUUUGGGAGACUUGCUCAGUACACUGGGAGAGCUACACUCUUCUGUCUUGCUGCAGUUGCCAACCUUUCCUGUGUAAUCGCUCUCUUGUUGUGGAGACCUCACCCCGACGAGCUGCCAGUCUUUUUUGUGUUUCCUGCUCUGUGGGGUAUGGCAGACGCUAUCUGGCAAACUCAGACCAAUGCUCUCUAUGGCGUCCUCUUCCCACGGGACAAAGAGGCUGCAUUUGCCAACUACCGGAUGUGGGAGUCGCUUGGUUUCGUGAUCGCCUUCGCCUACAGUACCUUCCUGUGCCUGGAAUACAAACUGUACAUCCUGCUGGCUGUUCUGGUGCUGACGAUCAUCACUUACCCCAUAGUGGAGUACUACGAACACAAGCAUCCCACAAAGCCCAUUGAACAGGCGACCUACCAGAGUCACAAAGAAACCAUUGAAACAGAUGAGAGCAGGAUCAUUUGUCAGACACAAAUGUAGACUGGUUCCAUUUCAAAGAAAAGGGCAUAUUUUAAAAGUGUAACGCAUUUCUCUUCAGCAAUGUUCCAGUGACUGCUCCUGAAGGAUUUGGGUAUGCCAAAUCCAUUUUUGGAAUAUGUCGGAUGAAUUUUUGUGUUGUUUGUGAGUUAUAACUAAAUAUUCAAAGUGG